UGAACGCAGCUAAUACACCAUAACCUGACUUUUGUGGUAAACAUCAUAGAACAACUGUUCUGGGGUAAACAUAACCCUCAAAUAGUCAAAAUGUUAGCUUUAAAUAAAUUUUUCCGUCUAUGUUCCUUAAACAAACCAACCGCCCUUUGCACUAAACCGAGAUCUAUAAGCUUCUACGAUUCACCCUUCUUGGUAGAUCACCAAAACACCAAAAUCAAAUUUGAAACUUCAACUUCUCCAGAAGAAUGGAGCUACGUCGAACGUGCUUUGCCUCCAACUAUCGUCCCCGCACCCGUCCCGAAAGACCGUUAUCCCUCUCAGUGGAAACCCCAAACGGAUGACGUGAAAGAUAGGCCGUACUUCGUUCCGAGAACCAAAAAUCACAUGUUACCAGUAUACCUAUGCUUAGGUCAGCGUGGUAUUCGGAGAGUAACGAAAGUGAGAAACGUACAAGGCGAUAUUUGGCUACUGGAGAAGCAAUUAAGGGAUUUCAUUCAGCCUCAAGAUAUUCGACCCAUUCGGUCGCAAGUUAAUGAAUUUGCAAGAUAUAUUAGGUUUCAUGGAGAUUAUGUAAAUGCUAUAAAAUAUUGGUUAAUGAAGCAAAAUUUGUAAUUAAAUUUUGAGGUGUAUUA